GUACAACGGUACCUCACGAUCGAGAAUCACAAUAACGAAUCUCGAUUAUCGGUACUCUGCUUUGGUCAUGUGCCAUGUACGUACUUCCAGAUGUCGCAAUCAAUUCAUCAGCUUGAACUGCCGGCCAGUCCUGGUGCCUGGCAGGUGAGCUUCAUUCCAAGACGCAUAUACACGCACCUAUAUCAUGCACGGCAUAGAGCACCCCCUAAGCUUCGACCAAAACGGACUUAUUUUAUGCAUAUCGCGGCCCUCGAUCUUGAUUUCUCGUGUCGAAUUGCUGUUGUCGAAGUCGAAACUUGGAUUGUGAGAGCAACGCCGCUGACCAGUGAUGUCAUUUCGCGAGACCCCUGUCGCACCGCCGCCUGAGCUCCUCCCAUCAUCGAGCAUCAGCACUGACACGCAAACAGAGACAAAGCCCGCCGAUUGGCACGGCAACAAAACAAUCUCGAUCUUUUGACAAAGGAUGCUACACUCAAAGACAUCAUGCUCGCCCCCUUGUAUGUCAUAUUCGGGUAUGACGUAGAAUCCACCACUGUCUGCCCUCACUCGGGAGAAUGGAGGCGGUGCUCUUAUCCUAUCUAUGAGCCUCUGUUCAACGCGUAUGGCUGGAUGAAAGCGGAUCUGCGAGGACUUCUCAAAGAAGACCACGUACAAGGCUUGAAUCCCGAUGAAAACAGGAUCGAUCGUGGUUUACCACAUGCAACACCCUGCAACCGUGCUAACCACACAUUCAUCCAGCACGCACGCAUACAGAUGAUGCGGGAUACUGAAACCCUGUCAUCAGCCGCCUCCUACUUCCACGACAAGGCCAAGGAGUCCAUGGUCCCCGACUCCACAAAGUCCACCCAAACCAAGCUCAAGGAAUCCAUCACCGACGCAACCGACAAGUUCGCUCGCGGCGCUCAACCCGACUCCUCAAAGUCCUCCGGCCAGGAGUUCUCCGAUAAGGUCGGUCGCUCGCACGACCGCAAUGUCCACGGCUCUGGCCCUGAGAGCGUUCUCGACAAGACCAAGCAUGCUCUUGGUAUGGGAAGGCACUAG